AUGGCCGUCGAGAACUGUCCCCUCACUGAUGACAUCAGCCAUUUGAUCGUGGUUUGCUGUCAUGCAAUCUAUAUUGGCGGACCAGCACACGGGCUUGAGGAGAACGAAUGGCUAAUCGAGCCUUUCCAGCGCGGAGAAACGCCGACUUUCAUCAACCAUGCCAAGGCUGGACUACGAGCCCUUGCCAAUGAUCCCCAUGGACUGCUCGUCUUCUCAGGUGGUCCUACUAAAAGGCCUCGAACAAGUAUCAGUGAAGGGCAAUCAUACCUGAACCUAGUUCGUGACAACAACUAUUUCCAGCACGAGCCGGGUCUCUCUACAAUCGACCCGUCUAGAGUCCUUGCGGAGAGUCAUGCAACCGACUCUUAUCAAAACGUGUUAUUCUCGUUACUGCGGUUUAGAUCUCAUGCGGGCGUCUACCCCAAACGAGUCACCGUCGUGACCCACGAGUUCAAACGUGCCCGAUUUAUGGAAUGCCACUUCCCGGCCAUGGGUUUACUGCCUCGCUCUACCACUGAGCAAGUCGUGUACAUCCCAAGAGUAUCCGUUAUUGGGAUUGAUCCCCCUGAGGAGGUUACUCCCAAAGAAUCUUUGAUCCAGGGCGAAUCCUUCCGGGGAAUCGGAGUAUGGAGACACGAUUUGUAUGGCGUCAGCCAGAACCUGGCCGGCAAACGCAUCGUCCGUGGAUGGAUACCGGGCAUGGCCCGCGAACUCUGUCUCAACGGGAUGUUCGAACCCGUUGUGGAGCAAUUGGUCUCAUGGGAUGGGGGAGAGGGAAACGAAUGGUUUCCGAACAUAGAAAAACUACCCUGGUACUAUGGGCAUCCGCCAUGA